AAGAAGAAGAAUAAAGUUGUUGACAACUUGGCUGCAUAUCGAGCUGACUGUAUUGACCGGUUGAUGCGAGAAGGUUGCGAUCUAGACCCAGUUGUCGGAGACACAGAUCUUGAAAAGCUUCUGCAGGAGUAAAUUAUUGUAAGUAAAAUGGCAUCCAAUUAUUUGUCAGGCGCAUCAUUCUGUGUGAUUUCUGGGGCGUCACAAGGCAUUGGCAGGGCUAUAGCAGCUGAGUUAUCAAAGAAUCUCGGCCCGAAAUCAAUUAUGCUGCUGUUAGCACGCAACAAAGAUGAGCUGGCAACUACAGCCAAACUCUGUGAAUCUGAUGAUGUAAAAGUCAUUUCUAAAUCUAUUGAUCUAGCGUCUGCUUCCGAAAAGCAGAUGAAUGAUGUAAUUGUGGAAGCCUUGAGCGGACGUAAAGUAACUGAUUUUGAGAACAGUCUUAUUUUCCACAAUGUCGGUUCUCUUGGCAACCUGUCUGUUGAAACAUCUAGAAUGGAGGAUAUUAAUGAGCUCCGUGAAUACUUUGAUUUAAAUGUGUUUAAAGUAAUCUCGCUCAACACACAGUUCCUAAAGAUAUUUGAGAGCAUUGAGGAUAGGGUGAUCAUUGUUAAUAUAACAUCACUGUGUGCUAUUAAACCAAUGAGUGGGAUGGCUUAUUAUUGCAGCGGUAAAGCUGCUAGAGAAAUGUAUUUCAAAGUACUUGCCGAGGAGAAAAAACAUAUCAGAGUACUCAACUAUGCCCCUGGACCCGUCGAGACAGCUAUGAUUGAUUAUAUAAUCGAUAAAACUGUUAAUUUGAAUCUGAAAGAUGUCUUUACAUCAUUUAAAAAUCAGGGCACCUUGCUAAAGCCUGAAAUGACUGCAAAGAAAUGCAUGAAAGUGUUGCUCUCUGCUAAAUUUACACCAGGCGAACAUGUUGACUACUUUGACGAUGAAUAAAUAUCUCUAUAUAACUUGAUAUUCAAUUUCCGGAUAAACAACCUCAAAUAACCAUGGUUUAAGAUAUCGAAGUGUCUCUGUAAAAGUAUACUCAUUUUAAUACCAAUUCUCAAUUUUUUUUUCGUAAUCUUAAUAUUAAUUAUCAGCUUAGUUAAGAAUAUUUUUAUCAUUUAACAAAUUAAAUAUUUUACUAAUCAAAUAUGCUCAAAGAAAAAUAUUAAUAUAGAGAUUAAUUACUUAAUUAUUUUCUUUAAGUUUAUUAUUUAGAACUUUCUUUAUAGCUUUAAAAAAAAACAAUUUUUUUUCUUAAAAUAAAUGUUCUUAAUUGGUCUGAUUUUCUUAAACAUGAUUUCAAGUAGAAAUCUGGCUUAGCUUUUAAUAACUUGGUUUUAAAUAUGUAAUUUUGAAGUCUUUAUCUUUUCUAUUUUUUUUUUCAUGAUAUCAAUACAUUUUACUAGGCUAUAGGCUAUACAUAUAAAUGUUGUUGUAAUAAUUAAGUGAAUUCUUACAGAAAAAUAUGAAAUAAUAAUGUUAUUAUAUGAAAUAAGACAGCACUUGAAAUUAACGGAUUGUUUAAUUGUGAUCAUAAUUGGAUUAUAUAAAGCCUUAAAUUAAGGAUUGGUCUCCGCUGCGCUCCAACUAGAUACCGCAGGCUUAGUCGCAAAGUGCGGCGACUAAUACAACGCCCAAGUGGUCGUACUCGAGCCAGCCUCGAAGAAUGUGUGACGUCGACGUGAACAUGUUCUGUUAAACAGUGAUAAUAAUUGAAACUCGGGUCGGGUUGCUUAGUAAAACUUUGUAAAAUAAUACUACAAGAAAUAAGAAAGACACUGGGAUUACAUGUCAUCAUUAAGUAUUUUGUAUUUAAUUAAUUUCAAUGUAAAAUAACACGAUGCGUAUGUUAUAAAUUUUGAAAGAUGCAAUUUGUCGUAAUAAAAAACGCUAUUGUUCUUAGGUAGU